GUUGACUCCAUUAAUGUCUCUUCAUUUCUUCUUGUUCUUUUUUUUUUUUUUGGUGAAAAUAGGUAAUGAAUCUUCUUGUUCUUCUUUUGAUCCUAUUCAUCAUGUUGCAAGUCAUGACGGGAUGCAGCUUGCUCCAUCUCAGCUAUAUCCCUUGCCUGGCGGCCAACGAGGUUGAGUUUCCGUUAAAAGAAGAUGAUUCCGAGGAUAUGGUCAUUUUCCAACUCCUCAGCAAUCCGCUUACUCGCGGAUGGUCUUCCUUAGACCUUACGGUCGCCGAUGUUGAAGGCAAGCCCGGUAUGGAAGCCAUAGGAUUGGCUCAACCGAUGGCUCCAAUCGAAGCGCCUUUGGGAAUCGAAAGCAUUUCUAUGGAGAGUGGGAGGGGGAGCGCUAUUUUGUUGGCAGGGAAUAAUGGAAAACGCUUACGGAGGGUGAAUCAGAAGGUUCCGAAAGGGAGGCAUUACAGAGGAGUGAGGUGGAGGCCAUGGGGGAAGUUUGCGGCGGAGGUCCAUGAUCUGGGGAAGAAUGGCGCUAGAGCGUGGCUGGACGAUAGAGUUGGAUUGCGUAUGGUCCAUUCAUGUUCUGACGAGGAAGAUAAAUCCCCCAAUGGAAGGUUCAAAAGUAUUAUUACUGGUUGGGAGAAGGGUGAACUCCUGGGCCGUGGGUCUUUUGCAUCCGUGUACGAAGGGAUUUCUCAUGAUGGAUUCUUUUUUGCCCUAAAAGAAGUUUCAUUGCUUGAUCAAGGAAGUCAAGAAAGGCAGAGUAUUUUCCAACUUGAGCAGGAGAUUGAACUUUUAAGUCAGUUUGAACAUGAAAACAUAGUUCAGUAUUAUGGCACUGAUAAGGAUGAGUCACAAUUAUAUAUCUUCCUUGAGCUAAUGACAAAAGGCUCCCUUUUACGUAUCUAUCAGAGGUAUCACCUCAGAGAUUCUCAUGUCUCUUUCUAUACAAGACAGAUUCUGCAUGGACUGAAGUAUCUUCAUGACCGAAAAGUGAUUCAUAGGGAUAUUAAAUGUGCGAAUAUAUUAGUGGAUGCAAAUGGAUCCGUGAAACUUGCAGAUUUUGGAUUGGCUAAGGCCACUAAAUUGAACGACGUCAAAUCUUGCAGAGGCACUGCAUUUUGGAUGGCUCCAGAGGUUUGGCUUUACACUUCCUCUUAGAAUCAAUAAAUGUUUGUUGUGUGAAUCAAUGCUGACUUAUGAUUGACGUUGUGGUUAACAUUAUAUAUAGUCUUUCUGAUUAUAAGUUGUGUAAUUAUAGGUAGUAAAUCUGAGAAACCAAGGCUAUGGCCUUGCUGCUGAUAUAUGGAGCCUUGGUUGUACUGUAUUGGAGAUGUUAAC